AUGGGGUCUUGGAUGUGGAGAAAGAUGAUCAAAAUGAGAGGUGUUGCAAGGAGUUUUCAUAAAAAAGACUUGGGGAAUGGAAGGAAUACUUCUUUCUGGUUUGAUCAUUGGUCUGAGAAGGGAGUUCUAAUUACACUGUUGGGGGAAAGAGGUAUAGUAGAUAUGGGCAUUAAACGUGAAGCCACAGUAGCAGAAGCUAUUAUGAGAGAUAAAAGGAGGAGAAGUUAUCGUUCUUUGGCUCUUAGGGAAAUUGAGGCAGAAAUGGAGACUGUUCAGAAAAAGCUACGAGUGGAGAAUGAGGAUGUAAAUAUGUGGAGGGAUGGGUCGGGGUAUAGACAAAAAUUCUCAACACAUGCUACUUGGAUGUUGCUUCGUUCGCAAAAGGAGAGGUGUAGUUGGGCUAGGAGUAUUUGGUUCUCAAAGGCGACUCCUAAGUAUGCGUUUGUUUUAUGA